AUGCGUUUAACUCUCGUGACAUUUCUUGCAUUAGGCGCCCUCGUGACGCCCGCUGUCGCUGCAGUCAAUCUCUAUGCUUCUUCUUAUUCGGGGAAAAUAUCGAGUCUUUCGCUAAGUUUGGAGGCCAGCGGAGAAUAUGUAUUAAACACAACUUCGGUUGUGACCGAGGCGGGAACGAGCCCUUCAUGGUUGGAGAAGAAAGAUGACGUUUUAUAUUCGACAGAUGAAGGGUUUUCCGGUUCGAGUUACGUGUCUUCUUACUCGACGUCUGAAUCUGGGGAGCUCACUCUCAUGGGUCGUGGUUCGACGCUCAGUGGUCCUGUCAGCUCCAUUGUGUAUAAUGGAGGAAAAGGGCUGGCUGUGGCACACUAUGGAGGCUCAGCAACAACAAGCUGGACUAUUCGCUCCAAUGGGACUCUGGUACCUCUCCAAAACUUGACUUUCACAGGUCCACUGGGACCCAACACCGAGCGCCAAGAAGCGCCUCACCCACAUCAAACGAUCGUCGACCCUACCGAUAGCUUCAUCCUCGUCCCCGACCUGGGUUCUGAUCUCGUCCGAGUCUUCAGCAUCGAAAAAUCUACCAGCGCCCUCACAGAAACGACACCUUUAGUCACUCCCCCCGGGUCUGGACCCCGCCACGGCGCUUUCAUGAAAGCAGCGUGCGGAAACACCUAUCUCUUCGUCAUCUACGAGCUCUCAAACAGCAUCGCUAGUUACAAGGUCACGUAUCAAGGCGCACACCUGGCAUUCGAGGAAGUGUUCAUGGCUGGGACUUACGGGCCAACCACAACACCCGCAGGUGCAGCAGGCGCAGAAGUUCUUUUGAGCCCCGACAACCGAUUCCUCAUGACCUCCUCGCGCAACGACAGCCUCUUCCAAAUCCCCAGCUUUGAGCCCGGCAGCACUAGCGAGCUCAUCGCCUCUGAUACCCUGCAAAGCUGGGCCAUCGAUGACGCCACGGGAACGUUAACCUUCGUGCAGCUCGCGCCGGCGGGUGGUAAAUUCCCAAGGCAGUUCUCCUUGAACAAGGCGGGUACUUUGGCUGCGGUGGGACUGCAGAGAGACGGGAUGGUGGUGGUCAUGGAGAGAGACGUAGCGAGUGGGAAGUUUGGGAAGUUUGUAGCGAGUGUGCCGGUGGAGGGAGAAGUUAAUACCGUGAUUUGGGACGAGUAG